AAAACGUAUUACGCACUGCCAGCUGGACCACGGCUGGUCAAUCAUUGACGUGGACGUGUAUUUUUUUUUUUUUUUAAACGGCGUAUGGGACGAGUCGCUUCUGUUGUCUUAUAUUUGGCCGUAGUUACUGUUCCUCUUCUUUUGUAACAGUAGUUUACUUUUUGCCGCAAAUACGCUGCCAGAAUGAGUAAAAGCAAAGCUUUGAACCUUCGAGACAAGAUCAGUGAGAACGAGAUGGAUCUGAGCCUGUGCAACCUGAUGGAAGUCCCCGUGAGAGAGCUGGCUGCCUUCCCCAAAGCCACAGCGCUGGACCUGUCCUGCAAUAACCUGAGCAUCCUCCCUUUGGAGUUCUGCAGCCUGACACACCUGGUGAAGUUGGACCUCAGUAAAAACCAGCUGUCCAGCCUACCGGUCGAUUUUGGCCGCCUGGUCGCCCUGCAGCACCUGGACCUGUACAACAACAAACUGACCUCGCUGCCUGUCAGCUUUUCCCAGCUCAGGAGUCUGAAAUGGCUGGACCUGAAGGACAACCCGCUAGAGUGUACUCUGGCAAAGGUGGCUGGGGACUGUCUGGAUGAGAAGCAGUGCAAGCAGUGUGCAUCCAGGGUUCUCCAGCACAUGAGGGCUGUUCAGGAGGAGGUGGAUAAGGAGCGUGAGAGGCGUCGUCUGAAGGAGAAAGAAAUGGAGAAGAAGAAGGAGGCACAGCAGAGAGCCAAGGAGGCCCGAGAGAGGGAGGCACGAAAACGAGAGAAGGCAGAAGAGAAGGAGAGGAAAAGGAGAGAGUAUGAUGCCCAGAAAGCUGCCCGUGCUGCCCAGGAACGGAGAGGAGAGCAGAAGGCAGAUAAAUCAGGAAAAGAUCACCCAGUAGCGGUGAAGCCUGUUCCCAAGGCCAAGCGCUCCCUGCUGUCCCUGCUGUCGAGGCUGCUGCUUCUGUUGCUGUUAGGCCUCUUUGGGGCUUUGACUGUGUGCCAGCUCACUGGGCUGAAGCGGGAGGCUGUCUGCAUCCCCCUCAAUGUGCUCUUUGAGGAGACACUAUCCUGGGCCUGGGGACAGGAGGUGGUGAGGAUGAUUCUACAAAAACUGUCUGAACAACAGCCAUGAGAUGUGACUUCUAUCGUCUGCAUUCUGACCCUGUCAAGGCCUUAACCUGUUGACGAAGAGCAGGACAGCAGCGCGGCUUAAAUUCCUAUGGAAUUGUCCUUUUUCUCCCCCCACUUUUAAUUAUGACAAGCUUCAAACAACUGACCAGCAGCUGAAUUACAUUAAAGCAAUUUGUAAAAGUACCCUGUGAUACUGUAAACAUGAAAAAUUUUUGCAGCUGCAAUUUAUUUUUGAUGGUUAUGCCUUUUAGCCUUAUUUGUACUGUACAUCUUAAGAUAUUCUAAUUUUGUAUAUUGGGUAAUAGAGACACAUUAAAAGACCAUUCUUGUGAAAAUAGUGUGAAACAUUUUAAGAUUCAUCCUCUCCUGUUAACUUGUGAGGGUUAAAACAAAUGUGUGGAUGAGUCUUCCACUAUAGAUCACCUCCUUCUGGAACAGGCUGAGUUCACAGUAUGUUAGCAGUACUUGCUUCCGAACAUCCAAAAAUGGUUGAAGUUUCAUUUAGCAUCAGUCCCUAGUUUCUAUUCGUGGUGUUUACAGCACCUGUGAUGUAUUUGGUGUUGAGGCAUUGCUUUACCCUCUGCAUGCACAGGGUCCAGAACAUUACCAGAAAUUUAAAUUGUCAAGUGGUUACUGUUGACACUUCAGUCAACUGAAUGGCAUUUUUACAUUUAUUUAGCAGAUGCUUUUCUCCAAAGCAACUUACAAGGGAUACUCUGUAGUUUUACCAGCUUGCACGCCUUAGUCACCAAGGUGACUUACACUGCUAGAUACACUACUUACAAUGGCUCACUCAUCCAUACAUCCCUGGAGCACGCACACUAUUAGGGAACCUGCACAGCAUGUCUUCGGACUGUGGGAGGAAACCCACGCAGACAUGGGGAGAACAUGCAAACUCCCCACAGACUGAGGGAGGAUGGAACCCUUGUUCUCUUGCACUACCUAGGUGCAGUGAGACAGCAGCACUACUUGCUGUGCCACCGCAUUUUUGCAGUUAAUCAAAAAUUGUAUUGUUAUACUCAGCCUCUUCUGGAGAAGGAUGGUUACCAAUAAACUGCUGCUGGUUGAAAGAAUGUGCAGAGGUGCUUUGGGAAGCAAUACACUUUUUGGAUGUGGUGUAAGAGUGCUUUUGCAUGCAAGGACCCCCCUUCUUCCUGAAACAAUUUCAGUACAGGUUAAAAAAAAGUAUGUAGUGCAUAAUUCUCGUGACUAAACACUUGAAUACAUUAAACUCAUACUUAAGCAGUGAGUUCAAGGUUCAUUAUAUUUUAUGCAACUUUUCUAUUGAGACAUUUUUACUACAGAAAGCAACAGAAGUUUUAAUUCUCUAGUUUCAAUUUAGAUUGUUACAAGGACUUAAGGUUAAAAAAAAUGAUUAAAAAAAUCAAACUGCCCUUUGUAUACUACUAUGAACACUGACGCUUUGCACGAUACCCAACACAAGAGCUACACAGACUGCUCAGACAAAAGUCAGCUUGGAUGGUAGGUGCAUUGAGUCCAUGUGAUGCUAUGCUUAAAGAAGAGAGUUUGAAUUGACUUGUAUACGAAGACUAGUCUUCCCAAAAAAAAAA